UCUUCUGGCAAGCAAGCACGCAAGCAAGGAGGGCCAAAGCCAUCUCCACUAUCUGCAAGCUGUGCUCCAACACCUUUUCUACAGUAUCUCCUCUAUCUUGUCCAUCUUAUCCCAUCUUGUCCCAUCUGUCCAUCUUGCCAUCUUGCCAUCUCUCUCCGCUGUCCAUCUGUCCAGCCCAUACAUCCAUACUCUACCCGUAUAGCUGGCCCGGCUGCCUGCAGUGCAGUGUGGGGGGCAUUCGUAUAGGGCCCGAGCUCAGUAAUGAUGCUGGCCGCGUUUUCGAGGUCCGGGGUGACGAUGGCGAUCAAGAUCCCUCCGGCGGCUCCUGCCCUCGCCUUUGCCCCGAUUCUUCCCGCACUCCGCAGUCGGUAUGGGCUCGGUACGGCGGUCUGGCGAGCCUCAAGCUCUGCAAGCGCCUCGCGUCGUUGCCUCUGGUCGUCAAAGUUAAUCCGGUUUCCUCCGACCGCAGCCAAUGGCAGCUGUCGUAAUCAACCGCGCUCGGCUGUCCCUCCUCUGCGUCCAUCGCAGCAGCAGCUGCCACCCGUGUCUAUGCGACUUCUGGCUUCGCAGCCGGCUGCUGUCCCUGGUCGGAAUGCCUGUCACGACCGCCACCCACAGCUGGAACCCCGCCAACGGCAUGGACUACAAAUUGAGACCGCUGCCACCAGAUUAUCCCUUGUCCAGCAUCGGAACCAGACGCCCGCAAUACUACCUCCUACUACUGCUCCAUCCUCCUCAUCCUCUUCUCACUACCACUACUUCCCCAGGAUUAACCCCAGCCAACGCGCGCGAUUAGUCCUACAGCCUUCCGAACCCGCAGUCCCCAGUUCUCGACAUCCCCAGCCCUUGCCUAAUCCAGUCCCGACGUUCACGAAAAUGGCUUCCGAGAAUACCUCAGGUUCGUCGUCUACCCACCAUAUAAGGACUGCUGGCUGGCCCCGUUCCUGACAUCUCUCCGAACUCACAAGACACUCCCACCAUCAACAUCUCUUCCAUCCCCAAGCUUGUUGCAGCUGCCGUCCCCUCCUCUUCGUCCACUC